AUGAUAAAUACACAUAAGAAGCGGCUGCCAAGAAAUAUAGCAUGCAUAGCAUUUCAUAUAGAACACCACAACUCCCAUAUGUUCACAGUAAUAAACUCUGUAAGUAACUCAGCUACAAAAAAACUCGAAGACAGGGAAAAGACAAAAAUACUUACAGAAUACAACAAGGCACUGAGCACAAUGAAAAUCGACAAGUUCCUGGCAAUCAGUCCAAAACACCAGGUAAAUAUCGCGCUGCAUGCCAAAGCAACACAGUACUUGAUGUCAAACUACACCCAAAAGAAAAGCUUGGCAGACAUCGAGGAAAACAUCCACAAAUACAGGUUUAUUGAGCAUAGAGAUGCACUGCUCAACAUUGCACGAAGAUCAAUGGAUGAGCAGGAAAACUACAUAAAGGCAAGAAAAAUGCUCAACAUUGCGCGGCAGAAACAUUUUACAUGUAAUGAAUUGUACGAGCUCGAGCAAAAGCUGGAAAAUGAAUGGAUUCCAAAACAAUAA